AGAUUUUCAGGUUGAUUGAUGUGGGACAGCAGCCACAAUGAGGAACUCCUAUAGAUUUCUGGCAUCCUCUCUCUCAGUUGUUUUUCUCCUGCUAAUUCCUGAAGAUGUCUGUGAAAAAAUUAUUGGAGGAAAUGAAGUAACUCCUCAUUCAAGACCCUACAUGGUCCUACUUAGUCUUGACAGAAAAACCAUCUGUGCUGGGGCGUUGAUUGCAAAAGACUGGGUGUUGACUGCAGCUCACUGUAACUUGAACAGAAAGUCCAAGGUCAUUCUUGGGGCUCACUCAAUAACCAGGGAAGAGCCAAAAAAACAGAUAAUGCUUGUUAAGAAAGAGUUUCCCUAUCCAUGCUAUGACCCAGCCACACACGAAGGUGAUCUUAAACUUUUACAGCUGACGGAAAAAGCAAAAAUUAACAAAUAUGUGACUAUCCUUCAUCUACCUAAAAAGGGGGAUGAUGUGAAACCAGGAACCAUGUGCCAAGUUGCAGGGUGGGGGAGGACUCACAAUAGUGCAUCUUGGUCCGAUACUCUGAGAGAAGUCAAUAUCACCAUCAUAGACAGAAAAGUCUGCAAUGAUCGAAAUCACUAUAAUUUUAACCCUGUGAUUGGAAUGAAUAUGGUUUGUGCUGGAAGCCUCCGAGGUGGAAAAGACUCAUGCAAUGGAGAUUCUGGAAGCCCUUUGUUGUGCGAGGGUGUUUUCCGAGGGGUCACUUCCUUUGGCCUUGAAAAUAAAUGCGGAGACCCUCAUUGGCCUGGUGUCUAUACUCUUCUUUCAAAGAAACACCUCAACUGGAUAAUUAUGACUAUCAAGGGAGCAGUUUAAAUAACUGUUUCAUUUCAUUUACUGUGGCUUCUUAAUCUUUUCACAAAUAAAAUCAAUUUGCAUGACUGUA